AUGACGACCGAAGACCUCUUCGUCGCAAUCCCUGAAGGCUCCGAAGGAUAUGAAGACGUACCUGCUGACGUUGCCUAUGAUGGAGGUGAAAUCGACGAGGAUAAUGAAGUACCACAAUCAGAUCCGGUCUGGGCGAGCGAGGAAGGAUCACAUGAUCAGCAGAUGUGGAAUGAGACCGAUGAACCAGCGGACGAGGACGAAGAGGAGCUUUCAUUUCUCAUGCGACCACCAAGCGAGCAGGCAGAGAUUCUGGCAGAGAUAGAGGAUGUAGAACGGACUAUGCCAAGGCUUUCAGAAGACUAUCGGCUGGUAGAUCGACUAGGCGAAGGCACAUUCUCGUCAGUUUAUAAGGCGGAGGAUAUUAAAUAUGACGAACACCUCAACAGUUACUGGCUUGGGUAUCAUCCAAGAUGGUCCUCUGCUUACUAUCAGACACUACCCCCACAGAAGACUUCUCGUGGCAAGGCAUACGUUGCGAUUAAGCGCAUAUAUGUUACGAGCAGUCCUGCGCGGAUCGAGAACGAACUCCUGAUAAUGGAAGAGCUUCGUGGUUGUCGGCAUGUUGCUCAGCUUAUGACCGCCUUCCGUGAAGAAGACCAGAUCCUCGCCAUCAUGCCCUUCCAUCGGAAUCAAGACUUCAGGUCAUUUUAUCGUGUUCUUCCUCUACCCAAGAUACAGAGCUAUUUCAGAUGUCUUUUCCGCGCCUUGAAGGACAUCCACGCACGGAACGUGAUCCAUCGGGAUGUUAAACCUGCCAAUUUCUUAUUUGAUCCAGCGGCGGAAGUCGGCACUCUGUGCGACUUUGGACUCGCGCAGCGCACGUCGUCUCCAAAACUCAAAUGCCUUCAUUCUUCUCCAACAACUACACACCCGCAUGGUCGCUUUAGUUGGCAGGACACGAGUGGGCAACGAUCGGACAAGCUCGCAAAGGCGAAGCAGCAGUACUUGAAUGCACCGAAGCGGAUUGCACAGGGUCCCGAGAAAGUUGGGUAUCCAACCCAAGAUGAACGUCCAAGCGUACGGGCAAAUCGAGCUGGAACACGAGGAUUCCGAGCCCCGGAAGUGCUCCUCAAAUGCCCAGAUCAGACACUAUCAGCGAUUGACGUGUGGUCUGCUGGCGUUAUUCUUCUUUCGUUCCUAACGGGGAAGUUUCCGGUGUUCAAUUCGAACGAUGAUGUGGAAGCGCUUAUGGAGAUAGCAGCCAUCUACGGGGCUGAAUCCAUGGCAAAGUGCGCCUUUUUGCACAAUCGAACGUUCCUCACAAAUGUUCCGUCCGCAGAUCACUCCGGUACAUCACUGUCGGAACUGGUUCGCAAGCUAAACCCCUCGCUGUUUAUUACUCCAGAUGUCGACCAAACUCUCCUCGCUGGUGCUCUCGACCUGUUGCCCCGGCUCCUCCAUCUCGAUUGCACGCAUCGCAUCACCAGUGCAAACGCGCUGGAGCAUUCCUUCCUCGCUGAUCCCAAGAUACCCGAGCGUACUGUGGUGCCACAUGUUAUUGGACAGGGUGUAUGUGGCCAUGCGCAUUGGCAAGACGAUAUGGACGAAUCCCAUUGCGUAAGAGUGGACGGGAAGAUUGUUCGUCUCCGGGCAGGAGAAGGGAUACCUAUUGGAGAAGAUCCAUGCGAAAUUCAUAAAGAUUGGUGGACGGACGAAGGUCCAGGCAGUGACCAUGGCCGUUACGAUAUGUAG